UUAGAAGAGAAACUAUGGAGACUAAACGAGCGAUAUUUUUUGUACUCCUGUGUCUACAGGCUUUCGAAUAUUCCAAAGCCAGAAAAUGUUUGAGCUCUCGGGAGCAAGCAGGUGACUUGUGCUCCGCGAAUAUGGAGUUUUUGAAGACAGAAAUCGACAAAGCGACACAGGAAUACAAAAACACUUUGGAGAUGAAAGUUGACGAAAUUGCCAAUAUUUUGAGGCAUAUCAACAACGACAACGGUGCCAGAAGUAUUGAUAUGCCAAUUGAAGAUCACGGUUCCAAUUGCACACUAUCUAAUCUGAGCUCAAAACUGGCCAAUUUCGAAAGUGAACUUACUGCAACUUUGAAAGAAAUUCCAAAUCGGAUAAACAGGGCUGACGUGAAAUACGAGAUGACGAUGAAAAAGUUUGAGCAAGACAAACUCUCUACUAUGAAAUAUUUGGACGUGAGGCUAGGCGAGCUUAAAACGUCUAUCUUGACUGAAGUUUACGCCAAAAUUGCCGACGUCAUUCGCAGCAAUGAAAAGCUCACUAUCGGCCAGCAACAAAGCGUCCAAGGAUUGGAAAGCAGAAUUUCGUUGAGAUUGGAGCCUUUGAUGGGAAAUGUGGAGCAAAAGAUAAUUGAAUUCUUAGAUGCUUUGAAUAAUACUGAAGGAACGCGAUUUUCUCCAAAUGUGCAUUCUGUGACGAAUUCCACUAACGCUGAAGAUGUAUUUGACUCUAUGAACUCGACAGUUCUUUCUCUUUUGAGCAAGCACUUUGCAGAUGUAGAAACGAAGCAGAGUGAGCGAGACCGCCGUGUUGAGGAAUCGAUUGAAAAUUUGGAUGAAAAGAUAACUACUCUUGUGACGCCUAUAGCACAAGACGUCAAAACAAACGCUCUUAGAAUAAGCAGACAAAUCGAGCAGAUGGACCAAGAGUGGAAGGAGAGGGGGCAAGAAAUGGAAAAUUUGCUUCGCAGCACAUCCGAGUCCCUAAAAAAGAUGGAAAUGAAGCUAUUGUCUGAUUGCUCCAAGUCUGGCCGCUUGAAUUUGACAACUCUGGACACAGGAAAAUAUUACUUUAGCACUGUUGAGGUGAGCUGGUUCAGGGCUAAAGAUUUUUGUCAACGAUUCGGAAUGCAUCUGGCCACUAUCGAGACAGACGAGGAGAGAAAGGCAAUUCAUGCCGCAGCACCCAUCAGAAAUGACUACUUCUGGCUGUCGGGAAGUGACAUUGGAAACUUGCCUGGCCACUUCAACUGGGUGACGGAGGAGCAGGUUGAUGACACUUGGUGGGCGAGCGGCCAGCCCAACGACUUUGGCGAGGACAAGGAGACAUGCAUUGAACUUUUCACCAACAAUGGCCUUCUCAUAGACUACAAGUGCAGCGACGACGACUAUUUCGUCUGCGAACUUGACCCAGAAUGUGAAGGCUAUGAUGUUCAGCUGCCUUCUAAUGCUCAUUAG